UCGAGAGUUAAACUUGUUUGGUUUCAGUAAUGGCUAGACCUACGUCUAUAUUUAAGACUAUAAUCUGAAUCUGUUCCUUCAUAAGAAUCACUGCAGCAGCAUGGAAGAGAAAGCAGUUGAUUUAAGUGCAGUUUCACCUGUUGUGGAUAAUAGAUCGCACAAAUCAAAAGACGUUUCAUCUUCUGAGGACACUCAAACAGAAUUAUCAAAACUUAAGUCAGUUGAUGAUGUAAAAAACAUGACUUCUGAAGAUAUUAAACCUGAUAUUUCACCAGAAUUUUCAAUUAAUGAAGAUAUGAAACCUGCUGAAUCAUCAGUAUUAUCAGCGUCUGAAGAUUCACAACCAGAAUUUCCAAGUUUAUCAGCUAGUGAAGACUUGAAACAAAAUUUAUUGGCAAAAUUUUUAUUUUUUGGUGCUAAAAAGCAAAAUAAACGAGACAAAAACGUAAAAUUUUCUAAAGACAAAGUACGCCAGAAUGUUGUUAGUCAUAACAGUUUUUUUGAAAAUCCUAACUUCAAUACCCAUGAGAAACUUUAUUCAGAAGACAAGCCACAUGAAUGUGAUGUUUGCCAUAAAAUAUUUACUCAAAAUGCGUAUUUAAAAGCACAUAAAAAAGUGCAUUCAGAAGACAAGCCAAAUGAAUGUGAUGUUUGCCAUAAAACGUUUUCUCAAAUUUCUUACCUAACUAAACAUAAAAAGAUUCAUUUAAGAGAUAAGCAAUAUGAAUGUGAUGUUUGUCAUAAAAAGUUCUCUCAAAGUUCUUGUUUAUCUUCACAUAAAAAAAUUCAUUUAAGAGACAAACCACAUGAAUGUGAUAUUUGUCACAAAAAGUUUACUCAGAAGAAUAAUUUAUUACGACAUAUAAGUGUUCAUACAGGUUAUAAGCCAUAUGUAUGUGCUGUUUGCCCUAAAAGGUUUUCUCAAAGUUCUUAUUUAACUGCACAUGAAAAAAUUCAUUCAGGAGACAAGCCACAUGAAUGUGGUACUUGUCAUAAAAGAUUUUCUCGAAGUCGUAGUCUAAGUGCGCAUGAAAAAAUUCAUUCAGGAGACAAGCCAUACGAAUGUGAUGUGUGUCACAAAAGAUUUUGUCAAAUAGCUAAUUUAAAUACUCAUAAAAAAAUCCAUUCUAGAAAUAAGCCAGAUGUAGGUAAAGAAAUGAGUUCUUCUAAGAUUACUCCAUCUAGUUAUAAUGAAAUCCAUCCUGACAUAAAACCAUUUUGAUGUGAUUUUUCAACAUAAAUCAUUAAUUAUAGAGCAAAAUAUAACACUUGAAUUUCUUUUUUUUUCUCAUAACUUUAACUAGUGGUCAUAGAGUAGUUGGCCAUAGUUUAGUAAUUUUUAUAUUUGUACUAUUGAAAAUGUUGUUUGUGUUUAUGAGUAUACCUCGACAAUUAUUAUUGUAUUCUUUCAUGUGAGCUGGAUCUGUAUAAUUUUGUCUUAAUCUACUGCUUUAUGUGCUUUUGUAAAUAUGUAUAGGAAAAGUAAGCUAUAACUUGGCUAAGCCAUAUUUUUAAAAAACGCUAACAUUGGAGUUUUAGUUUUAUUUUUAUUAUAUUUUACACCGGCCUGGUUUUGCUAAGGCCUCACAGUUAAUUUUCCUAUUCUUUUCAAAUUAUUAAACUUGACACAGCACAUUAAUUGGGACAAGAAAGUUUACCAAAUCUGAUCAAACUAAUUAUACACAUUAAAAAUAACAGAAUCAAACUGAAAUUAAACACUGUUCAAGUUCAAUGUAUUAGUUACUAGAUAUUUACAAUUCUAGUGCUAAUUAUUAUUGAACAUCUUGUUAUAAUUUUUUUUCUUCACGUAACUUGAACUAGUGGUCAUCCAAUAGUGGGCCAUAGUUUAUUAAUUUUUAUAUUUGUAUUAUGAAAAGGUUCUUUUGUCAAAGAGUAUACCAUGUCAGUUAUUAUACAUACUCUAAACAGAAUUUAUAUUCUGACUGUAAAAAGAAACUUUCUUCAGCUGCAUGUGUACAAUUUUUUCUUUAUAAAGGCUCUUCUUUUUUGUGUUAUUUGUAAAUAUGUAUGAUAGAAGAAGUAAGCUAUAACUUUAGAAACCCAUGGUUUUAUUAUUAUACCCGCAUGGUUUUGCUCAGGCCACACAGUUAAUUUGCCUAUUCUUUUCGAAUUAUAUCAAAUUGACAAUGCACAUUCAUUGGGACAAGGAAGUUAACUAAAUCUGCACUAACCAGUUACACACAUUAACAAUAACAGAAGCUAACUAAAAUAAAAAUAAAACACACAAAGUUCGAAUUCAGUGCAUUUAUUUACAUUUACUAAAUGUUUACAAUAUAUAACUGCUGUAACACAAUCACAUUAAUAACUUUAUGCAUUUACAACUUUACUCAUUUACACUACUCACAAACAGCCCAGUCAGACAUACAGCAACAUGACAGAAUAUCAGGUUGACAGGUAAAACAACCUCCAUCAGACAAGUACAAUGACAUCAGGCCAGCAGUCACAGUGGCAUCUGGCCAACAGGUACAGUGACAUCAAAACUUCUGAGCAGACAAAAUAUUUUUUAUAAAAACUUUUUCAUCUUUUUUCAUCUUUUGCUGAAUGUUCUUAAUCAUAAUAUGGAGAAAUAUAAAAUCUUAAAUCAAAUGAUCAAACUCUACUGGCUGCAAUGUAUAACUCAAACUGACCACAUGUAAAAACUGGCAGCCCCCCAAAAAAAAAUUCCUAAUGUUUGUCUUUGAAAUGUAUUUAUUGUCAUCACUAAUGCAGAUAUAAAAUAUUUGGAAAUUGAAUUUUAAAUAAUAAUUUAGUACCUGAAUAAAGUUGAUUUCAACUAGGAACUAAGUUAUGUUGUGUGGCCUCUGUUAAAAUUUUUACAAACAAUAGCAUUAAGAUGCAUAAACAAGUUGCCAAUUGUUGUUCCAUUGAUUAAUGCUUAAUUUGUAUAUAAGUAUUAUAAGUAAAAUAAUGCAAUUAACAUUCUAUACAAAUUCAUGUGGUGAAAAUUAAACUUCUACUUUUAUUGUUUGACAUUAUUUUAUUCAUCCCAUUUAGGAACCUCCCUCCACCUGUUUACAUGUCUUAUUGAUCUAACCAAGAUUCAUGUUGCUCCAACCAUUGCUAAGGCUUAUGGUCACUUCUUUACUUUUGCUAGAUGUAUGUUUUUUAUUUUAUUAAAUGCAUUUGUAACAUUUUAUGUAUAGAUUUUAUCUUUCUGCACUCCUACUUAAUAUGAACUUUAUGCCAAAUCUCAGACACCUCUCUACAUGCUAUGUGUUUAAAAAUAAUACAUAAUAAUCUUCUUCAAAUUUUCAUAUAGGAUUUAGAGAUUAACUACACAUAACAAUUACUUAAAUAAUUUUUUUUUUUAAACUGCACAAACAAAUAGAAUUAUCAAUUUGAAGAAAAGAAAGACUAAAGCUGCUAUUAUUACAUUUUGGUAUCUUAGUUUCAACAUAAUGUAAUUUUUUGUUAGUUGUUUAAUGUUGUAUUGUAUUCUUUACUAAGGGGUCAUCCAUAAAUGAUGUCAGGUUUUAUUUUUUGCCAAUUGUUACCUCCACUUCGUUACUCCUCAUCACAAAAAGCCAGACACUCUAAAAUGACGUCACUCCUCAGCCUACAAGCCCACUCAAAAAAAAAUUUCCUUCAAACAUCGACAUUUUUCCAAUAUCUUGUCUUUUAUGGACGACCCCUAAUUAAAAAAAAAACAACAUUGCAAUGAAAUUUCUAAUAAAGAGAAUUAUUAGUAAUUGUAACAUGAAAAUUGUGUGAAAUAAAAUGGCUAACGUGUAUGUCAAUUUUUAUUGUUAAUGUUAGUUUUUCUAGCAACACUUUCUGUAUGUAAAUUCCAAUUAGGCCAAUGUGUUUUGAAUGCUAGGGUGUGUUCAGUGGCGUAGCGAGGUUGGGUGUCAUCCGGUGCGGCACUUAAUGGUGUCACCCCCUCAGAGGCGUAGCGACUCUUUC